AUGGUGAUUAAGGAGCAGAUCCUCCAGAAAACAGAUGAACGGACAACCUGGAGCUCCAACAGGACAGUAAACCCGGUCCGGUCCGGUCCGGUCCGGACGCAGCAGGCUGACAUUAAGCUUCUGGAUCUUGAUCCCGCUUCCCGGAGCCAAGCCUGGAACUCCACCGGUCAGGCGCGUCUCGUUGGUUGGCACCUCCAAACAGUUCUGAUCCGCUGCGGCCCGGGACCCCCGAACCUACCUGGACUCUCGUUCCCUCCUGACGUCCCCCAGUCUCAAUUCUACCUCAUUAAAACAAACCCUCGUAACCGUCCGCACACAAGACCCGGUCCAACCCCUGCCGACCACCUAGCACGUCAUGAUGCCAUGCUUCACGCCCUAUUGGAUCAGCAGACUUUCCAGGGACAGCUGAUGGAUCAACUAAAAACCACGGUCUCGGAAUUAGCUUCACAACUGGCUUCCGGCAUGCAGCCUCUGAACUUAGCCGGAGCAGCGAACCCCGCUCCAUCGCCGCGGGCGGAGCCCCCCGCUCCACCCGAACCGGCGGGGUUGCCCCGGGGCCGGGAAAUUUCACCCCCGACUCCCGAACAUUAUUCAGGUGAAAUCGGGAAGUGCGGUGGAUUUCUCCUGCAAUGCUCUAUUGUUUUUGCCCGAGCUCCAGGCUCGUUCCCUGAUGACUCCGCCAAAAUAGCAUAUAUGGUUGGACUGUUGAAGGGAAAAGCUCUCAAAUGGGCAGAAGCGAAAUUUAGUCUCAUAGCUCUCACUCAAACGGCUCUUGACACCUUCAUCGACGAGUUUAAGCAAACCUUUGGUCACGCCGAAUCCAGCGCUGAGAUUUCCUACCGGCUUUGGAACCUGAAGCAGGCUUCCCGUUCAGUAGCUGAAUUCGCCAUAGACUUUCGUACCUUAGCCGCCAUGUCUGGGUGGAAUGACGAAGCUCUUAAAGGAGCUUUUAUCCAGGCUCUCGAUGACACACUUAAAGAUGAGCUGGUUUGCAGGGACGAACCCGCCGACUUGGAGGGGUUGAUCUCCCUGGCCAUCAGGAUCGACAACCGGCUUCGGGGAAGGGCUCGGGGCAGGAAGGAAAUUAAACCUGUGUUUUUUUCAAACAACCCUGUACAGGACACCUCCGAUGACGCCUCCCCGAACGCGCUCUCGCCUGAUGAACCCAUGCAGGGAGAGCCCACCAGUGAUCACGGGAGUCCUGGUGGGUGGUUGCUCCGGUUUGAAAUCCCGACUUUCUCUUCCCGUCUCCCUCUCCAUCAACCAAAGUCUCCUCUGGUUCUGGGUUUCCCCUGGCUGAGACGGCAUAAUCCCCACCUUAAUUGGGUUGAGGAGAGAGUGGACGCGUGGAGUAGGUCCUGCCACGCAACCUGCCUACAGUCGGCCCGGCCGAAUCCUCGGUGUGACGUCACCCGGGAGGACCAAGAGGAAAAGCAGGAUUUGUCUCGAAUUCCUCCGGAAUACCAUGAUCUGCACUCGGUGUUUAGGAAAAAUAAAGCACUUUCGCUCCCGCCCCACCGCCCCUACGACUGUGUUAUUGAUCUCCUUCCCGGCGCGCCGUUGCCCUCCAGUCGACUGUAUAAUAUAUCGAGGCCAGAGAGAGAGAGCAUGCUAACUUAUAUUAACGAGUCACUGGCGGCAGGCAUUAUUCGCCCGUCCACGUCCCCGUUAGGGGCCGGGUUUUUCUUUGUUUCAAAAAAAGACGGCUCACUCAGACCAUGUAUUGAUUUUAAAUGUUUGAACCAGAUCACGAUCAAGAAUAAGUAUCCCCUCCCCCUCCUUUCGUCAGCUUUCGAACCCGUACAAGGCGCCACUGUCUUCACUAAGUUGGACCUACGGAACGCUUACCAUCUGGUGCGUAUACGGGAGGGCGAUGAGUGGAAAACCGCCUUUAAAACCCCGGUGGGCCACUUCGAGUACCUGGUCAUGCCCUUCGGGUUGACGAACGCCCCGGCCGUUUUCCAAUCCCUGAUUAAUGACGUGCUGCGGGAUUAUUUGGACGAGUUUGUAUUCGUUUACUUGGAUGACAUCCUGAUUUUUUCUAAGAACAUGACAGAGCACAAACGACACGUCAGGUUGGUCCUCCAGCGCCUGCUGGAGAACAGUUUGUAUGUCAAGGCAGAGAAGUGCGAGUUUCACGUGCCAUCCAUCUCGUUCCUGGGGUUCAUUUUAGAGAGUGGGCGGGUGAAGCCGGAUCCGGGACGGAUUCGUGCGGUGCUGGAAUGGCCGACUCCUGCCUCUCGUAAGCAGUUACAGAGGUUUUUGGGAUUCGCCAACUUUUACCGGAGGUUUAUCCGCAACUUUAGUCAGACCGCGGGACCCAUGACCUGUCUUACCUCCACCAAGUCCCAGUUUUCUUGGACCCCGGAAGCGGAUGCAGCCUUCUCGGUCUUGAAGCAAAAGUUCGCGGAUGCCCCGGUGCUGAUUCAACCGGACCCCGCUCAGCAGUUCACGGUGGAGGUGGAUGCUUCCGAUUCUGGGGUGGGAGCGGUUUUGUCCCAAGUUUUGCCCUCCGAUCACAAGCUGCACCCUUGUGCCUUUUUCUCUCGCCGCCUGUCGCCCGCGGAGAGGAAUUAUGAUGUGGGUGACCGCGAGCUGCUGGCGGUGAAGCUGGCCUUUGCGGAGUGGCGCCACUGGCUGGAGGGAGCCGCACUUCCGGUCGUAGUAUGGACAGACCACAAGAACCUGUCCUACCUGCAGGCAGCCAAGCGGUUGAACCCACGGCAAUCCAGGUGGUCCCUUUUCUUCUCCCGGUUUAACUUCCUCAUCUCUUACAGACCUGGAUCGAAGAACGUGAAACCGGAUGCUCUCUCCCGACAGUUCUCCUCGGACGACGAAGCUCCUGUCGUGGACACCAUAAUCCCGAGUUCCUGCGUCCUGGGGGCGGUGUCCUGGGACAUCUCUGAUCAGGUAAUCGCAGCUCAACAGUCUGAUCCUGAUCCGGGCACCGGCCCUCCGGACCGUAUCUAUGUUCCCCUCUCUGUUCGUCCCCGUUUAAUCCAUUGGGCCCACGCCUCUCCUUUUUCUGGUCACCCUGGCACCAGUCGGACCGUGGCUCUUAUCCGACGCUCCUUCUGGUGGUCGUCCCUUCACAGGGAUGUGAAGGAGUAUGUUUCAGCCUGCCCCACCUGUGCGAGAAACAAGUCCCUGCACCAGCCGCCCUGUGGUCUCCUGCAACCCUUACCCAUCCCGGCACGUCCCUGGUCCCAUGUUGCACUCGAUUUUGUCACUGGCCUCCCGCCCUCAAAGGGUUUUACGGUCAUUCUCACCGUUGUUGAUCGGUUCUCCAAGGCCUGUCACCUGGUUCCCCUUCGGAAACUGCCGUCGGCCUUGGAGACCGCCAUGUUGCUCAUUAAACAUGUUUUCAGGCUUCAUGGAAUUCCCACGGAGAUCCUGUCCGACAGGGGGCCCCAGUUCGUGUCC